AUGAGUGCUCCACCAACAAUACCUCCACGCCCGGCGCGGGCCCAGAACAGCUCUUCUCCUGCGCAGGGUACCCAUAUGGACGUCCCCAAGAUUCCUCCACGCCCGAAGCGUGGUAUCGAACGCUCCGUCUCCCCGGCUGGAGAUAGAUAUGCCCGCUCUCCUCUCAACGAUCCAACCUACGUACAUGGCGGACCGCCGAAAGAGGGGGGCCGCCUUAGCACCGAUCUGCCCUCCCGCCCACCGAGCGUUUCCAUGCCCUCGCUCGGAGAAGAGGGCAACGAAUACGCCAGUUUCGAAGACCUCUCAAAGACCCUGACAAGCGAGAACCAGGGCGGCUCUCCACAACAUAUGAAGAACGUGGCAGGAGACUUGCCUCUGCAUGCUCCAACAGCCUCGGUUCCCAGCUCAACCGCAAAAAGUAGGAUCCAGGCGGUGACGCGGACCGACUCACAGACAGCGGCCGCUGCUGGCUUUGGCUCCCAGCUGUCCGUCGACGACAAGGUCUCUCAGGCCAGGUCUGGUCGCUCAGGAUCUUCUACUGGCUCGCGCCCCAGCUCCCUCUACAACGACAAAGAUGAGCAUGGUAUUCCCGAAAUUGGCGUGCAGGUACCCAUGUUCCGCAACGCCGGAGAUGUCCAGGCUCCCAGUCCUUCGCCCUAUGUGCAACAACCCGGAGCCCAAGGAAUAGGUUUCAACCAGAAGGCCGGAGGCCGCCAUCACGGACGCACCAAGAGCGGCCGUGAAAUCUUCCAUGGUCCUCCUGGCAGCUACGGUAUGCACGGUCAUGGCAAGAUUUCGACAGACGACUUUGAGCAAAAGUGGUACGAAAAGCAUCCCGAUGAUUUGAAGCGCGAGAAGGCUGGCGAGUACGGCCCUCAUAUCCAAGAGAAUAGGAAGGAUUACCAUUGGCGCGCGGAUAACCUUGAGAAACUGGUGCACACCAGGUCUCAAGACGUCGGAAUGGGCACCAGCCGAGAUGCAGUCAGUACCCCCGACGAACAGAUUGGCUACAGGGCUACUGAAGAGUAUGCUUCGCGGAUGGCUUCUCCCAGACCGCAAUCGUCAGGUCGCCCCGCCUCGAUUAAGGGUGGCUACGUCGACUCACCACUUCGUAACGAAGCCGGCCAAGAGGUCAACGACAAAGGCGAAGUCAUCCAUAUCGAUCCCCCGGCGCACCGCUCCAACAAAGUCCAUGGUGGUGGCUAUGACCCGCCAACUGAGGAUCUCGGCCCCGAAGGUGGUAACACAGCUGAGAAAGGCGGAUGGGUUACAGAGCGUGGCUAUGGCACUCCCAUCCUAGCUUCCGAUGAGUUGAAGAAACACCCAGACGCCGAGUGGAGACAGCCCGCUGUAUCGCCUGAGCUAGAGCGUCACGGCAACGAAUACACGCUCAACGAAGAUGGCAACCCACAAUAUGUCACGAAGCAGCGCACGCAUAGCAGAAGCUCAAGUCGAAACAACAGCACGCAGCAACAGCAACGUGUUAUUUCCAGCCCAGCACAGUUUGAUCGCGGGGGUACCCCACUAGAGUCUCACAAGGAGUAUGAACCCCUAUUUCCAGAGGAUGAGGAAGACACCAAGAAACCGAAGUCUCAGGUCGACAAGCUCAAGCGUCCAAGUGUUGCUCGCCAUCAAUUCCCAAGUCAAGAUGUAUGGGAAGACACGCCUGGUAGUCUACAACUCGAAACUACCGUAGAUACUCCUCAAGAACCGGAAGAGCCGAAGACUGCUGGCGGUAACAAUGACGUGAGUCCUGCAAAGGUUUUCGAAGACCCGAACACAGAAGAGCAGCGCAAGAACCAGAUCGACAAGGAAGACCAGAAGUCUUUCCUCCCCGAACACACUAGACAGUUCGCCGCGGAGAACAAGCUCCUUGGAAAGGUUCGAGAUGAGACACCUGGUCGCCCUGGAAUGCAGCAACGCUUCCCAAGUCAAGAUAUCUGGGAAGAUGCGCCAUCCCACAACUAUCUUGAAACUACAGUCAGCACACCACAAAUGGAGGAUUCGAGUGAGUAUGCCGAAGACUCGCCAAUUGACCAAAAGCCACCGGUCCCGGCUCGUCCUAGUGUCCCGGCUCGGCCAGCCAAGAGGGAGUCUUCUGCAGACGACAAGAAAGCACCCAUCAUUCCAGACCGUCCGAAGCCGCAGAUUCCUGCACGUCUAAGCAAGCCAUCUACUGGUUCUUCGGAGAAAGUACCAACUGCCGAGUCGCAGGCGGGCGAGAACGAAUCUCCUCAGCCGAAGGCGAAGCCGCCCGUCCCCGCCCGGCCUGCUGGUUCGAAGAUUGCAGCUCUCCAGGCUGGUUUCCUGAAGGACCUCAACAGCAAACUUGGUCUCGGCCCUCAUCCACCACCUAAGGUCAAGGAACCUGAAGAAGAAGAGGAAGAAGCAGAGAAGGAGGCAGCACCACUUCCCGAUGCUCGCAAGGGUAGGGCUAAGGGCCCGCAAAGGAGGAAACCUGCCGCAUCCCCAUCACCAGUCGCGGCGGCUACCAUUACUGCUGAAGUUGCUGUGCCGAGGCAGUCGCUCAGCUUUGGUCCUGUUACCGCGAUUUGGAGCUUUGGAGAAGACGGUAGUCUUGAUGUGCCCGCUGCAAAAAUGGCAACUCAAAUGCAGCAAUCGCUCAGUGCUUUGACCAAGACGGAUGAACCUGUGAUUACGGAGGGUGAAGCAGAUCGAAGUGCCCCAGCAGAGUCAGAAGAACCGGAGCUUGCACAGAUCGCAUCAAAUGAUGGUAGCGAACCUGCCUCUGCGAUUGAAACAGUCAAGGAGAAAGCGCCAUCGACCCUUGAGCAGGCCACUUCUCAAGUGUCGGAAACUCUCUCAUCCGUCACCUCUAAGAUAUCAUCUGCACUUCGGCCAGAAGAACCCUUGGUAGCUGAGACCGUGCCCGGCUCUUCGGACGCUCCUGGUGCAUUCUCUGGAUCUGGUCCAGAUCUAAACAACGAAGCCAAUGUCGGAGGUGCCUCUUUGGAGCAGAAGCAAGCGGAGGAUAAGUCCACCAGUGUCUCCACUGAGGAGAGGAAGGCUAGUGAGGCUUCUACGGAAAAAGAGGGUGAGGGUUUCUCACAUACGUAUGCUGGUUAG